AUGCCUCCACCAUCUGCCCUCGUGGUCCCCGCCGUCACGAGGCACACUGCAACGGUUAUCAUGGCUCAUGGGCUGGGAGAUAGUGGUGCAGGCUGGGUAUCUUUGGCAGAAAACUGGCGCCGCCGCCAAAAGUUCGACGAGGUUAAAUUCGUAUUUCCAAACGCGCCCACAAUCCCUAUUACCGUUAACAUGGGCAUGCAAAUGCCAGGUUGGUACGACAUAACACAAUUCAAUGACCUGCAAGACCGCCAAGACGAGGUCGGAAUUCUUCGCUCUCGAGAAUACUUCCACAGCCUCAUCAAAGCCGAAAUCGACGCCGGUGUUCCCUCUGAACGCAUCGUCCUGGGCGGUUUUAGUCAAGGGGGCGCGAUGUCCAUCUUCUCUGGUAUCACAGCUCCAACCAAACUAGGAGGCAUCUUCGGAUUAAGCUGUUAUUUGCUGCUACAUAACAAAAUCAAAGACUUCGUAGAGAAGGGAAAUCCAAAUAAGGACACGCCAAUUUUCAUGGGCCAUGGUGAUAGUGAUCCCCUUGUGAUUCCCGAGUGGGGCAAUAUGACAGCUGAAAUAUUGAGGAAAGACGGGUGGAAGGUGGACUUGAAGAUGUACAAGGAUUUGGAGCAUUCGGCGGACCCGGAGGAGAUUGAUGAUGUAGAGAAAUAUUUGAAUGAGAGGAUUCCACCGAUCGGGGACAGGGCGACGCUAUGA